ACUAUGUAUGCUAUCAGAAUUACAAUUUAGCUAACAGAAGUAUCAGAUUUAAAUAUUUUCCUUUAUGAUAAGACAUGUCAUAAGGGAAAUAACGUUACCCGAAUUAAACGGUUAAAAGCUGGGUACGAUGUGAUCCUUAAUUAAUAUACAGAAAUCUAACCAAGCAAUCCGAAAAACACGGAUUUCACACAAAAUGUACAGCAUAGAUCAACAUUAAGAUUAAAUCGGUUGAACAAGAUGGUAAUCGCAAGAUUUAUUUUGAACUGUAUGAAAAAGCAGGCGCAUGCCUCCUCUUUUACGUCAGCGGCGGAAGGUCACACUCAAGCGGAAGUGAGAGUCAGAGCCCAUUCGCCAUUGUGGAGCAAAGCAGGGGAAAUAUUCUCUCAAGACGUUACACAGAGUGUUUAUGUUUCGGACUACCUUGAACACAUCACUCAGCAGCCAGCCUCCCCCAGCCGUUUGACGCUCGCUGUCAGUACCGCUCGAGAGGACCGCUGCCGGCCGUUUGAAACUGGGCGAGGAGAUCAACGCCUGAGAAAUACGCUGUGAUUAUAGGGCAACCCGGAGAGAGGAAAAAAUAACGUGAACCCACAGCGGUGGCAGGAGAGACCGUGGACAGUCAUAAACAGCGAUCAGCUCGGGCUCCCGGACGAUGUCUGCGACAACUGUCGAUCAGAGACCUAAAGGACAAGGAAAUAAAGUGCAAAACGGUUCGAUGCAUCAGAAGGAUGCUGUAAAUGAUGAUGACUUUGACAAUUACCUGAGCAGUCAUACAAAUCAGAGUAAUAACUACCCACCAAUGUCCGAUCCCUACAUGCCCAGCUAUUAUGCUCCCUCUAUUGGAUUCCCUUAUUCCUUGGGAGAGGCUGCUUGGUCCACCGCAGGAGACCCUCCUAUGCCGUACCUGACCACAUAUGGACAGAUGAGCAAUGGUGAGCAUCACUUCAUUCCUGACGGAGUCUUUAGCCAGCCUGGUGCUUUAGGCAACACGCCCCCUUUUCUCAGCCAACACGGAUUUAACUUCUUUCCUGGAAAUGCAGACUUUUCCACCUGGGGUACCAGUGGUUCUCAGGGACAGUCUACACAGAGCUCCGCAUACAGCAGCAGUUAUGGAUAUGCCCCGAGCUCAUUGGGCCGGGCCAUUGCUGACGGACAGGCCGGAUUCGGCAGUGACACGCAACUUAGUAAAGUUCCAGGGCUCGGUAGUAUCGAUCAGGGAAUGGCUGGGCUCAAGCUCAGCUCGGAUAUGUCAGCUGUUACGAAAACAGUUGGGUCUCCUUUAGGUGGGACGGCGGGUAUGAGUAGCAUGGCUGCCAACGGCAUGCCACCUGUCAGCUCCUCUGUACCAAAACCCACCUCAUGGGCUGCUAUUGCAAGGAAACCGGCAAAACCUCAGCUCAAGCUGAAGCCGAAGCCCAACAUGUGUUUGGGAAGUGGCGCCACGAUUCCUCCUCCACCGAUAAAGCAUAACAUGAACAUUGGGACCUGGGAGGACAAAGGCUCCAUAACCAAACCCCCUCUUGCACAGCAGAUGCUCCCGCCACAGCCCUUGUUGCAGCAGCAACUCUUGGCCCAACCUCAGCCCAUGCUGCAAAGUCCAUUGCCUCAUCAACCCCAACACCAGCAGCUCCAGCUACAAUCUCCCCAGCACCUUCAGCAGCUGCCCCCAGGUCCCCCUCACCAUCACCAUCACUCGCAACCAGGUCCUCCGCAGCCCCUGCACCCACCUCAGGUGCAGAACCCCCCACCCCAAAACCGCUGGGUGGCCCCUCGGAACAGAGGAACCACAUUUAACCAGAGCAGCAACAUGGAGAACUUUGCCCUUGGGACGGGAGUCCCCAUGAGCUCAUCACCUUCUUCCUGUGAGGUUCACCCAGUGCUGGAGAAGCUGAAGGCCCUUAACAAUUACAACCCCAAAGACUUUGACUGGAACUUGAAAAAUGGACGGGUCUUCAUCAUCAAGAGCUACUCGGAGGAUGACAUCCACCGUUCCAUCAAGUACUCCAUCUGGUGCAGCACAGAGCAUGGGAACAAGCGUCUGGACGGUGCCUACCGCUCGCUCUGUGCCAAAGGUCCACUGUACCUGCUCUUUAGCGUCAAUGGCAGCGGACACUUUUGUGGCGUGGCCGAGAUGAAGUCAACUGUGGACUAUAAUGCCUAUGCUGGCGUCUGGUCCCAGGAUAAGUGGAAGGGCAAGUUUGAGGUGAAAUGGAUCUUUGUUAAGGACGUGCCCAAUAACCAACUGCGGCACAUUCGCUUAGAAAACAAUGACAACAAGCCUGUCACCAACUCCAGGGACACUCAGGAAGUGCCCCUAGAGAAGGCAAAGCAAGUGCUUAAAAUUAUUGCGACUUUCAAGCAUACCACCUCAAUCUUUGAUGAUUUUGCACAUUAUGAAAAGCGGCAGGAGGAAGAGGAAGCCAUGCGAAGGGUAAGCGCAGCUUUCUGCCACUCUUCACAAUAGCAGAAAGCAGGCACUUCACCUUUAGAUCUCGUAAACAUUGUUACGUUUUAGUGCUGUCAGCAUGUCCAUCCAUUUCCAAAGGUAGGUUUUUUAAUAGCAACUCCUUUCUAAGUCUUUCUGUCUCGUUUGCGUUUGAGAAUUAGGCCGCGAGACAAAAACAGUGCAGUCAGUCAUAAAUAGAAAUGAAAUGUUUGAUCUGGUAACUCUUUACAUCAAUACUGGAGGUCAUGUAAUAAGUUGUUCAGGUAUUGUUGCUCAACGUGACUUGCACUUAACACAUUUCUCCUGUAUUUCAACUAAACAUAAUUCUAAAGUCUCAGCAGAUAGAUAUUAUAAAAUAGUUCUUAAAAAAAAGAGUCUCUGCCCAUUUAUUGACAAAAGGCUGGCGGCGAGCUGUGAUGCCAGUCAGUGUCUCUGCUCAAACAGCAGGCAGAUGUCCCAUUAAUAUAUUGGAUUUGCAUCAUUUCCUGCCAAACCAACACAAAUAAUUGAUGUCUGUGCCUGUUACCUCGGCACCAGCUGCUUUAUAUCCUUGUAUGUUAGUUAUGAAAACAGCACUUAGAUCAGAUUUAACAUGAUUUUGGAGGAUUAACCUUUAAAGAUGUAUUGUGUUAUGCAUCUGAACGAAUAAGAGUCAUUUAGUUUUUCAUCUUAAUAGAGCUUAAACUUGUUUGGAAGUUGUUGUAAAUUGUUCGGCAUUAGAAGGUUUAAUACGUACACUAAACUCAUAGGCCCAACUUUGUACUAUUGUGGUCAUGUACUCACUUCAAAGUUUUGGGAGUGACUUUACAUGGUGAUAACCAUUGCAAUGUUUUGCCGUCACGUGCCUGUAUAGAAUAAACAUGAAUGAAUGCCAGCAGUUUUUUUUAGUUUUGGAUAUUUUGACCAAAGCUACCAGAAAUGUUUAGUUGUCAAUAAACUUCGGCUGAAAAGAGUUCUGUGUUCUAUGCGUGUUUAAGCUGCUGCUUUUACUCCUGUAAAUAACCAAGUUGUGAACUGACUGAAUUUAGUUGCUGCAUGUAUAUGGCCUGUAUGCAACACUGCAACUUUAUUGGCCUUGUUACAUCAGCAUGUCAUUUGUAUUCAGCUGAUUGAGUAUUUUGUCACUUACAUGAUAUAUGUGCAUCUUUACGUAAGCCACUUUAGGAUGAACUUGUUAGUCAAGAACAAAUGAAAAAUUGCAAUCAAAAUGGCACUUGGCCUAAUCAAGGUUUCUUGUUGUACUUGGACUAAUUACGGUGUUUUUUGGUUUGUUUUUUUGUGAGAAAUUAUAAAACGUUUUUCUCUGAACCACCCUUCUAUUUCAUUACCUUGCCAAUCAUGUAGAUUGCCAAAGCCAUAAUAAAAUCAACUAUUUAAAUUAAAAA